AUGAUCGUGAUGGAGACGCGCCCGGAACCCCCGUCAUGGCCCACUACGGCAUCCGACGGUUCCGGGAGGGCGACGGAGAGGCCGUGCGGGACCCGUUCUCCAGCGGAAUGGCGGAGGCCGCCCCUGCCGCCUUCUGGUCCGUGGCCGCCCUGCCCCGGACCUGGCCGUUCCUCCCGGCGGUGUCCGGUCGCCCUGUUCGCGGCUACGGGCUCCAUCCUCCUGGCCCUCGCGGCUCCGCCCGUCCUGCUGGCCGCCCUCCGGGAGUUCCUGAACAGACACUGGCGGGACUGCGUGGAGAAGGCCCUCCGCACCGACCUGAAGGACAUCCGCCGGUCCUACCCGGAGGCGGAGGGCUGCGGCUUCUGGGUGGCGGAGUCGGCCGGACGCGUGGCGGGCCUGGUGGCCGCCCGGCCCGCGCCGGACCCGUCCGGGGGGAGGCGGAUGCAGCUGCUCCGCAUGUCCGUGGGCAAGGAUCACCGGGGUCGGGGCAUGGCCCAGGCCCCGGUCCGGACCGUGUUACGCUUUGCCCGGGAUCGGGGCUGCGACGCCGUCGUCCUCAACACCAGCUGCGUGCAGUACCGGCCCCGGAGGCUCUACCGGAGCAUGGGCUUCCGGAAGAUGUCCGAGGAGAUCAUCCCGACCCUCGCCUGGAAGGUGAUCGGCCUCUGCGGCUAUAAGUACAUCUGCCCCCUCCCCCCGUCUCCCUGAGUCCGUCGGAUAAGACCCCUCCUCGGCAGACGCAGCAAGCGGCGGUGAUAACGGGCGAAGAAUGUGUCCUCUCACUCUUCUCUCGUCCUCUCCUAGGCGCAUAGUCCGGCGCUCGGCACACCGACAGCACGCAAUAAAUACGAUUGAACGGUGACAAUAAUUAGAAUCCCGGCAUUUGCGAAGCCCUCACUACGUGCCAGGCACGAAGCUCCAGGGUGGACACGAGCAG